AUGGCAGCCUUCGCAAAGAAAAACUUUGGCUACGCCGCCUAUGCCACCCACCGGCCCACAUACCCGACCACCCUCUUCACCGCCCACCUCCUCCCCUACCACCACGGCCCGACCAACACCCUCCUCGACCUCGGCUGCGGCCCGGGCACCGUCACCCGCCCCCUCGGCUCCCACUUCAACCGCGCCAUCGGCGUCGACCCCAGCUCCGGCAUGCUCGAGUCCGCGCGCGCCCUCACCCCACCCGAAAAAUACCCGCACAUCGAGUACCACCUCUCCGACGCCGAGACACUCCCGUUCCUGCCCGACGCAUCCGUCGACAUGGUUGUCUCCGCGCAAGCCGCGCACUGGUUCGACCUUCCACGAUUCUGGGCCGAGAUGGCGCGGGUGGUGCGGUCCGGCGGGACCUUGGCCGCGUGGACUUACAAGGACUUUGUGUUUCCGGGCUUCCCGGCGGCGAGUCUGGUUGUUGCGCACUACACGUAUGGGCGUGACAAGAUGGGGCCGUGCUGGCAGCAGCCGGGGCGUACCCGGUGUCAGAGCCGUAUGCGGUUCCUGGACCCGCCGGCGGCGGAGUGGGAGGGUGUCGAGCGGUGGGAGUAUGAGCCGAAAGUUGAGGGGAGCGUUGAGGAGCUGAAGGAGCUGGGUAUGAAGUGGAAGCUGGGGGAUGUGGAGAACUAUGCGAGGACGUGGAGCGCGGCGCAUGAGUGGGGGGUGAGGAAUGAGGGCGGGGAUGUCAUUGGGGAUAUGUUUGCGGAUAUCAGGAAGGCGGCGGGCUGGGAAGGGGAGGGGUGGAGGGAGAGGGUUGUGGAUGUGGAGUUUGGGCAUGGGGUGCUGUGUGUUAGGAGGAAGUAG